GGGCUUCAAUCCACGGCAAGGCUUCAACCUACGGCAUAACACCGGCCCACAGUUAUAAAACCCUAACCUUUGACUCCUCCGUGGGCGGAGUGAGGGCGUUGUGUUUAACGGAGUUUGGUCCCCGCGGCUCUCCGUAGAUCACGGCCUGGGCGUCGGCAGUUCACUCACUGCUGCUGCUGCGUAGGAAACAACAAAACACCUCUUCACCCACAGAGAGCUCGGAGGUGUUUCUUACGUAAACCUCAUCUAAAACAUACAAAAAAAUGCAUUCAGUCACGCUGGAAAGCAAUGGUUCGCCAAGGAAACGGACAAUAUCGCGGGGAUUGAGCGAAGAUGAGUCUCUCCGCAGCAUUAUAAAAGAGACCGAGAGUUCCUCCAGGCGUCUGACACGAAGCGACAGCCGAGCAGGCACCCUGAAGAGGAGAACCGACAGCCAGCACUCGGACCAGGACAUCUACAUGGGACUCCCAGAAAUGCUGGAGCUGCAGGCCAGCUAUGACGAGGUGGUGCAGGAGCUGCGUGGGCUGGAGGUGGAGAGAGAGACUCUGUUGUUCCAGGUGGACGUCCUGCAGGACACGCUGGAGGGUGUGGAGGAGCUGCUGGCUGAGGCCCACAGGGAGGCUGGGGAGGCUAGUUCGGUGUUGGGACGAGAAAGGGAGGCCAAGAGGAAACUGGAGAGCACGGUCAGCUCUCUGAUGCAAGAGGUGGAGAGACUAAAAGAGGAGAGGAAUAACAAGCCAUCUGCUCCAGAAAACACACAUGAAGGUUUGGACGAGGUGGACCAGAUAACAAGACAAGGUGAAGAAGUGAAAAAUGAUUCAAAGGAGUUGAUGAAAGACUCGUCGCUGUGUGAAACCAGAGCUAGUGUGUCAGAGGAAGUGGUAGAGUGCGACGGGAAAGAGGAAGAGAGCCUUCUGAUGAAGCUGCGUAUCCAUAAGCCCCUGGGCCACAUGCCCUCUCUCGCAGUGGACAACCCGUUCGCAGACGGGGUCCUGCUGAGGUCUUGCGAAAACGGGUUGGAGGAAGGAAGAGACUCCGACAGCACAAGUGCCUACGAGGAUGCAUCUGCCGAGACUCCAGAGCAGGACAGGGAGUUUCCGGGUGAGGAGGGCGAAUUGGAUCUGCCUCACGAUUCAGAAAAGAGUUCUCCUAACAACGCUCCGGUCAAUGGGGAUCCCCAAGACCCCAAAAACCCUGAAGCUUGCGUUGUGUCUUAAUCUGUUUCAUCUACUACUACUGGGCAAAAGGUCAAAGGUUAUUGAUUAUUAAUCAUUUGGUGCGAUUCAAGAGCUCUUUGAUUUGAAAGUUACCAACAUCGAUAGUUUUGUUCUUUGAUAACCUCGAGGUUAAAACGUACCUCAAAAGUUAGAACUAACUAGUUGAUCGAUAGAAAAUGUAUCUGUAACUAAUUAGACAAUCUAUUAAUUGUCUCAGGCAGACAUUUUGCUAAAACGAGUGCUAGUUUCACAUUCUAAAAUGUCAAAGCGAUAUCUUGGGAGUUUGAAAACGUCACCAAAGACGAAAAGGUAGUUUUCCACUAGUUUUUGUAAUUUUACAACUUGAUAAUGAAUUCAUCCUUAGCUUAAUUGAUAAUGAGAAUAAUGGUUAAUGGCAGCCCUAGUUGUAAUACACUGUACGUUUAAAUUCACAACAAAACAACUCAGGGCUCGGGUGUUUCUCCAGCUCCACUAAUGACUACUUAAUACUAUCUGCCAAUAGUUUAUUUUUAAUAUCCGUCUUAACUUUUCUUUGUUAUACAUUGAUAGACAUGGAAACAAAGUCCAUGCUGCUUUGACCUUUUACCUCUUUUAAUCUUUAAAUAAGCUUUGUUGUAUACUAACAGCUGCCAGGACACAACAUCAGGAUUUACCUGUAGACAAACAGUGAGCUCUGAGGAACUGGACAGGGACAGUUCAUGUUCAUCACAUUUGUAAUUCCAGUUGGAGAGACAUUUAAGACACACGCGUCAAUGCAUGUAAAGAUAUGUGUUGUUACUGUCCCCAGCUGCAGAGCUCACUGUAAAGAAAGUGUAGGACAUGUUUAUCGAUUUUUGGAAGCUAAGAGCGGCGACAGGUAAUCCAAGGCAGUUGUUGGAAGGGUUAAUACGAUACAAAUUAAAGUAAGGGAAAAUGCCAUCUUUUUGCUGCCUUGCUAAUCUUUAAAAGAAGAUGUAUUUUUUUAUCUUUUAUAUAAACUUCCCUUUUUCCUGUUUUUACGUUGAAAUGAGGGAAAUUGAUUUGGCUGCAUUUGCACUUUCUUAAGUUCUUGAGGCAUAAAUGUGUCCGAUUACAUUAAAGCAACAUUCCCUUAACAACGAAACCUGUCAGCGAGAAGUGAUCAGCUGACCUGCGGCAGGCUGCCUGCAUGGUUACACUGUACUUGCACAUAUGCAGUGAAACGUGCUGAAAACUAGUCUCUUUGUAUGUCUGAUUGCUGUAAACACCUUGUAUUUAAUCGCAAUUUUUUUUUUUUAUGUGAUGUUACAUUCCUUAAAAGCUUAAAUCAAAGUGGACCCUUUCACCUCAUUUGUGAUAGUGUGCAUGCGCACCUAAGAAUGUAUAUCGAUUUCCAAACUGCACAUGAAUUGAUCCGUCAUUUAUUAGUACUUUUGCACGCAGUACACAUAUAUUAAAUCAUACUUUGAUCCAAGGUUUAUACUGCAAAGAUUUUGAAGGGACCUUUGUGUUGUUGCAAAUGUAUCUCUUCGUCAUUUCUUAGUUUCUAAGGUGAAAGGCUAAAUUAACUAAUUGUUUACUUAAAGGGAGAGAAAACGACAUGACACUACUAAUUUAAUAAAAUCACAAUUUUCAUAUCUGAUGCGGUUACAAGAAGAACACGAGUGGAACAACAUUUGUACUGUCAUUUUAAAAAGGGGUCGAAUGUUUGCAGAAUUUAGCUGCUUAUCAUUUUGUGGGUUUGUAAUAUUUGUAUUUAAUCUUUUGUACUACUUUCAUCACAAAGUCUUAUCACAUAAUGCUGGCUCACAUGAGAAUACUUGAUUACCGGUUAUGUUGGCGGCCAUGAUGCACAAACAUCUGUUUCAGAUGGGAGUCAGGUGUUACUGUAGUGCUGUGUGGUGGCACUAGUCAGUUCUUCAUCAGGUCAACAUGAACACAUAAUCAUUUGUUGUUUUUGUCAUCAAUUCCUUUUAUGUCAUGAUUUGUGUCUAGGUCAAAGGACUUGGUUUGUUGUAAUAAACCAGUAAAGUGAAGUUACUUUGACUUUAAAUCUGAUCAAUCCUCUUUUAUAAUGAACUUAAUCUCCUGUUCAGCAUUGUAGGCAAACCGACUCUUUUGGUGACAAUUUCUCGAGUAAUCACAUUGGUCCAAAAGAAAUGUUCUUACUGUAAUUUGGUGCAUUUUAUUGCUCUAUAUAUUGUUGUCCUGAGCUUUGUAUUUAAAGUUCAAAUGUAUCAGUAAGUUACAACAACGUAUACUUGUAUUGGAAAUCACAUUUGAGACAUGUCAAAAUAAAAAAGGUGAACAAUG